GUCGGAAGAGUUGACAUACAGUCAGACACUCUGGGUCUGAUGGGAUGUUUAACGAUCAAGAGGCGAUAAAUACUCUUUCCUCCUGUUAAAAUUCACACUCACUUAUGUACGUGUGUGUGUGUGUGUGCAAAGGGCAGACAGCUCAGGGGAGAAUUUGAUCCUAAAGCCCAGCAUGGGUCAGGGCACAUGCACUGCAAAAAAAGGCAUGCUUACCCUCACAAGUGAGUUUAUUUGGCAUUAAAACAGAUCUAAAAACAGGAAAUGUAAGGUUUAAUUGCCACAAUGCCAUUUCUGAUGACUUAUGGAGUUCAAUAUAUACAUAAAACAACAUCAGAUUAUUUCACUUUUUUCAAAUAAAUGUUCUCAUGAAAUAAUUACAUUUCUCUAAAUCAAAUCAUCAAUAUUUAAAGGCAGCAGGGAAAGAUUCUUUCAUUCAAACCCUCCUGAAAUGGGCAGAUCUUGCUGGAAGAUCCAGUCUUGCUGUGUCACUGAGCUACUUGUUAUUUGCUGAGCAUGCUGGUAUCUCCUUCCAGCAGGCCCGACACGUCUAUCUCCCUGGAUCCCCUCAACAUACUUUACUGCCUCAGUAAAAUAAAGCAAAGAAGACUUUCCCUCUGAAUCUCCACCAGCUUCCAGAAAACAUUUACACUAGUGGAAAACGUAUUGGAUUGGAUGGUAAACUCAUAUCAGCAGCGUGUAAUUCAUCCACCGCUGAGGGCCACGUGCUUUCUGUCACAAAUCAUAAAUGCUGGAGGAAGGAGGACUCGUUUACUUUCUAGAAAGAUUCACAUGCUUUUGACGUCUGGCUCUCGUCCUGAAGCAGACUGAGCAAUGGAUCAUGUGCUGAACAUUGCCGACAAGUACAUCUUCUCGCCGUACGUUUACCCGGCCUCGUGGCCCGAGGACUGUGCUCUGCGUCAGAUAAUCAGUCUGUGGGUGGUGACCAACCUGGGAGCAGAGCUGAUUUACCUGGGCUUUGGUGCUCUUAACUUCUACUAUGUGUUUGACCAUAAGCUCAUGAAACAUCCAUACUUUGUUAAGAACCAGGUAAAAAGAGAGAUUCAACUAGGAACUGCCUCCAUCUUCUGGAUGAGCUUCCCCACAGUGGCCCUUUUCUUCUGGGAGGUCAGGGGACACAGCAAACUUUAUGACAACAUCAGCGACUCUUCUCUGGGCUGGCCCGGGGUGUUCCUGAGCAUUGCUGGUUUCUUGUUCUUUACAGACAUGUGUAUCUACUGGAUACACCGGUGCAUGCACCAUAAGAACAUUUACAAGCACUUACAUAAGCAGCACCAUAUAUUCAAAGUCCCUACGCCUUUUGCCAGCCAUGCCUUUCACCCACUCGACGGCUUCCUGCAGAGCUUACCCUAUCACGUCUACCCUUUCAUCUUCCCCCUCCACAAGGUGGUCUACCUGUCACUCUUCGUCUUUGUGAACAUCUGGACCAUUUCCAUACACGAUGGAGACUACCGCAUCCCCGGCCCCCUGAUUUGUCUGAUCAACGGUGCUGCUCACCACGUAGACCAUCACCUCUACUUCAACUACAACUACGGACAAUACUUCACACUCUGGGAUCGUCUGGGGGGCUCCUACCGAUACCCUUCAGCCCUGCUGCGGAAGGGGCCGCAUGACCACAUUCGUAAGCUCAUGGCAGAGGCUGCAGAGACGAAGUGAUGCUGGAGAUGAUCAGCCUGGGUAACGAUGCAAGAAACAAAUGCAAUUACAUGCAAAGAUCUGCCAAGGGACAAUGGAUUGUUUUGCCAAACCGAGUUGCAAAUGGUAAAUACAUUGGAGGGAAUCUUAUUUUCCUUAAAUAUUUAUGGAUACGAUGGUUAAAUGGACUGCCUGGAGAUAACUAAGCUGGAAAUAAAACUGUACCACAGUGAAUAAAAACCAGCUACACUGAGGUCUAAGUCAGUGGUUUCCCUUUUAUAUUGCAAUAUUUAUUGUAAUAAACAUUUCAUUUUAUCUUAAAACUG